AUGAAAAAACAAUGGCACAAAUUGACCACUAUUGGUCUAAAGACACCCGGAGUUUGUAAGGAGAGAAACCCAUUAAUAUCACCGCCCGGUUGGUACGAUCCGGUCCCUCAUCUCGUUGGAAAUAUACUACUGUUACACUUACCACAAAUCAAUGUACCUGUUUUGACCACUGGCCGAUCAUCCUCUGUAUAUCUUGUAUUGCGUCGAGUGUUGUCCACAGCAAGCCAUGUGCUUAAGUGGUACGACGACGAUCCGUUUGACAGGAACAGCACAUCCCAUAAAUCCUUAUCUCAAGUCAGAAACACUUGUCAUAUGGCGGUAACCAAAAUGAUGAACGAGAGGUAUCCGCAAGAAGACUGUCGGUGGCUGAACCAGUUUGAUAUGGCGAUGACUCAAUGGUCUUACAUUGGCCUCGUAGGCAUUCGGCCAAAAGAGUGUGGCUUUCAUAAGACAACUGUAGAAGAAUUAGAAGAAUACAUUUAUUUUUGGAAAAAUUUGGAAAGUCAGUGUCCUAAAGUGCAAAUCGGCGUCAAAUUGACCAAGGGAAUCAAUGCAAUUAUGCCUAAAUAUAUAUUAUGUUACGAAGGCUUAAUGAAAUACUGGUACGAAAGACUUGGUGUUAAACAUCCUAUUAUACUGCAGAGUUUGGAUCAGAAAUUAUGCUAUUAUUUGACGAUAGACAAUAUGCAAACAUUAAAUAUGAGAUAA